AACCCAUCGUACAUUGAACAGAUAUAAAACGUUUUCGACACUAGUUCCUUUGCAUUUGCAGUAAACAAACAGCUGCUGGGUUGGGGAGAAAUCAUAUUUUUAGAACCCUUCUUUUCGUGCGAAUUUUUCGAUCUAUUAGAACCCUAUUGCAAUUGUUGUUUUUGCUUUGUUUUUCUCUUCGCCUUUGUUUUGUGUCCCUUUGUGUGUCAAAGGAAUUUCAGGAAUAAGUCUCAGUGAAAUGAAAAAUCUAAAUUCCCAGCAAAUUGAAAUGUUUGAAACAAUUUAAAUCAAUUACAAAACUAAUACUAAUUGUGUGUAAUGCUACAAAAUAUUUCACUUUGUGUUAUUAAAAUCGAAAUCGAUUCACUAUCAUCUGACGAUUCGGAGGACGCAGGUGCUGUUUCAUCAGAACAUCCCCAUAAUCCGCGUGUUCUUAAGGAACGCGAACGUGAUCGUGGCCUAAGGAAAUCCUCGCAAAUCAUCAUUGAAACCUACACGAAUAAAUUGUGGUCGGAAAUCGUUGCCGGUGACGACAAGGACGAAAUGAGUUCGGUCAAGGAUCACAAGAAAUCAUCGGCAGCCUUGACGGAAAAACGUCAUCGUGAAAUGCCCACCUCGAGUUCGUCACGUGAAACGACCCCGCUGGAAGAGGGCCAGUGUGCCUCGGAGCUGCCCAAGGAAAUUGGUUUCUUUUCAGGCAAUCCAAGUGUUGAAAUUACAAAUGGUAUAAUACAUUUAUAUAAGAAAAACGAACGCAAGGAAAUCAAGGAUGCACCCUCAAAUCAACUCUGUCUCUUGGCUGUACCGGCCAGUUUGAGCUGCCAUGAUCUAUUGAGUUUUGUUUCUCCAUGUCACACGGAAAUUCAACAUAUACGCAUUGUUCGUGAUGGCUGCCCAAAUCAAUUUAUGGUCUUGUUGGAAUUUCGUUCAAAUUCAUCAGCAUUGGAAUUUUAUCAAACCUACAAUGGCGCAGCAUAUAAUUCUUUGGAACCAGAUUCCUUGUGUCAUGCUGUAUGGGUAUCGGAGGUUGAAAAGGGUGAAGAUGGCCUGCCACCAUUGGGUCACACAGAACUGCCCACUUGUCCCGUUUGUCUGGAGCGCAUGGAUGAGAGUGUUGACGGUGUCCUGACCAUACUGUGUAAUCACGCUUUCCAUGCCAAUUGUCUCAUCAAAUGGGGUGAUUCCACCUGUCCCGUUUGCCGUCAUGUUCAGACUCCCGAGCUGAUGGAAAAUUCCGUUUGCAUGGAAUGUGAGGGCACAGAUUCAUUGUGGAUUUGUUUGAUAUGCGGUCAUGUGGGAUGUGGACGUUAUCAGGGUGGACAUGCUGCCGCCCAUUAUCGUGCCACAAAUCACACUUUUGCCAUGCAAUUGGGUACCUCAUCGGUAUGGGAUUAUGCUGGUGAUAAUUUUGUUCAUCGUCUAUUUCAAAAUAAAACCGAUGGCAAAUUGGUGGCCACUCAGGCACCCAACGAUGAGGGGGAGGAGAAAAUCGAUUCAAUACAAUUGGAAUUUACAUAUCUGCUAACAUCUCAGCUGGACACACAGCGCAAGUAUUACGAGGAACGUAUGGAACAUUUGGAGAAGGAAUGGCGUGAUUUUCGCUCCACACUUGAGGGAGCCCAUGGCAAAAUAGCCGAUAUGGAUCAGCGUAUCCAGGCAUUGACCAAAGAAAAACAGACACUGGAGAGGAAAUUGCAACAGAAUAAUACCAAGCUCAAAGAGGUGCAAAAACAAUUGGUCGAAGAACAAGAAAUAUCUCGUGCCUUACAAAACAACCAGACAUGUUGGCACACCAAAUACAAACAAUUGGAAAAGGAAUACAAAGAAUACAAGGAAACGAAGGAAACUGAAUUGAGUUCCAUAAAGGAACAACUACGUGAUAUUAUGUUCUAUAUGACGGCACAAAGUCAAAUUGCCGAAUCCGAGCUAAAGGAAGAAAUUGCAGGAGGCACUGUGGUAUUGCCAGAGGCGGCAGCCACAACAAGUGGUGGUUCAGCACAGAAAAAUCGUCGUAAAAAGAAACAUUAAGGUAUUGGCGGACUGUAGCGUAAACUGAAAACAAUUCUGUUUCCAAUUCUGUUGGUAUUGGUUUAAAGGUCAUGGUAUUGGCGUUUAUUUUUAUGUGAUGGUUGGCGUGUUGCCUCUAAUCAAAGUUGUAUGUGAAAUCACCGCAUCCAUAGAGACAGAUGAUUUAUCUUCAACAAAUACUAAUGUAUUUUAGCUUUUUAUAUGUUUAUAUUUAUUAUUAAAAAUGAGUUUGAAUUGAAAAAAAUA